AUGGCAGAGCCCAACGGGAUAUUGAUAAAAGGAGGUAAAGUUGUGAAUGAGGACUGCUCCGUGAUCAGCGACGUCUACAUCGAAAAUGGGAAAAUAAUUGAAGUUGGACGGAAUCUGCAGAUCCCAGCAGGAGUGCUUGUUAUUGAUGCCACCGAUAAACUGGUGAUCCCGGGCGGCAUCGAUGCGCACACACACAUGGAGCUGGCGUUCAUGGGCACCACGUCUGUGGACGACUUCUAUAUCGGAACCAAGGCUGCUCUAGCAGGAGGGACGACAAUGAUCCUGGACUUUGUCAUUCCCCAAAAAGGCAAGUCUCUCCUGGAAGCUUAUGACUGUUGGCGUAAGACAGCUGACCCCAAAGUUUGCUGCGACUACUCGCUGCAUGUCGCCGUCACAUGGUGGAGUGAUAAGGUCAAACAAGAGAUGCAGACACUGACCAAAGAGAAGGGAGUGAAUUCCUUCAAGAUGUUUAUGGCCUAUAAAGAUGUGUAUAUGCUGCAGGACUCUGAGCUAUAUGCUGCCUUCUCCCAGUGUAAGGAGGUUGGAGCUAUAGCUCAGGUGCAUGCUGAAAAUGGAGACCUGAUCGCAGAGGGGUCUAAGAAGAUGCUGUCAAUGGGCAUCACGGGGCCCGAGGGCCAUGAGCUGUGUCGGCCAGAGGAGGUGGAGGCCGAGGCCACCCAGCGAGCCAUUACCAUCGCCCAUGCUGUCAACUGCCCGCUGUAUGUGGUCCAUGUCAUGAGCAAAUCUGCCGCCAAGGUGGUGUCUAAUGCACGCAGAGUUGGUCGUGUGGUGUUCGGGGAGCCCAUUGCAGCUGGAUUGGGCACUGACGGUACUCACUACUGGCACAAAGAAUGGGCCCAUGCUGCUGGCUUUGUCAUGGGUCCUCCCCUCAGACCUGACCCCAGCACCCCUGGGUACCUCAUGGACCUACUAGCCAAUGAUGAUCUCAGUGUGACGGGGACGGACAACUGCACCUUUUCUGUGUGCCAGAAGGCUCUCGGCAAAGAUGACUUCACCAAGAUCCCUUAUGGAGUGAACGGAGUGGAGGACAGGAUGUCUGUCAUCUGGGAGAAAGGAGUGCACAGUGGAAAAAUGGACGAGAAUCGAUUUGUAGCCGUCACCAGCAGCAACGCAGCAAAAAUCUUCAACUUCUACCCGCAGAAAGGCCGUAUCGCCAAGAACUCAGAUGCUGAUGUGGUUAUAUGGGACCCCAAGAUGACAAGGAAGAUAUCAGCCAAGACACACCACCAGGCUGUGGACUACAACAUCUUCGAGGGCAUGGAGUGCCACGGUGUCCCUGUCAUCACUAUCUCAAGAGGGAAAGUGGUCUAUGGAGAUGGGCGACUGAAAGUGUCACCAGGGCACGGCAAAUUCAUCCAUAGAAAACCCUUCUCUGAAUUUGUUUACAAAAGAAUCAAGCAAAGGGACCAGGUGGGGAAACCUACAGCUGUGAUCAGAAAGCCCUAUGAAGGCAAAGUCAUAGCUGUAUGAACAACUGACCUAGAACAUGGCACUUGGAAUCUCCAGCUGUGUUUCUCCAGUACAACGCAGAAGCUACCAAAUUCAACACAAAUGAAUGCUGUUUCCCACUGAUAAACCUGCUGUUAGUUGUUUCUGCAUUUUUUAACAUUCUAAUUUUUAAAAUUCUAAAAUUUUUCAGCAAGUUAUACAUAAAGGUGGUUGUGUUGGUCUUUAGGUCAACUGUGAAGGUCAACACUGAGGUCAGUGCUCUGUCUGCAGAUAAUAUCUUUGUUACAUUUGUUCAGCUGUGUGAGGUUUCCAGUUCAGCUCUGCUUAGCACACAGGGCAGUAGAACCCAGUAUACUGCUGAAAAUUAUAUGUGCUCUGACAUACAUUACACAAUCUAGUAAUUCAGUGUAAAGAAUAAAAAUAGGGCUUUUACUGGGCAUUUUAUUUUAAUUUUCAACCCUUUUUUUCCAAAACUUUUGUUGCCAUUGGUAAUUAAACUGAUGUUUUUCACCCAAAA